AAACGUCGACGAGAGGUGGAGCUGCUGUGCUGCUGACAACUGUCAAAAGACUAAAGAGCCGAGCCCUUCCGUCCUCAAAGCAUCCUGUCUUAUAGCGCGUUAGAAUCCGUUAUAAGCCACGUGAUUGAAGUGAGUAUCUCGUAUCUCGUGAGUGUAACGACGUCUCUGUCGCUAUUCCGUUAUUGCGGAGCCGUUUCGGAUGAGCGGUUCGCACUUUAGCAGGUUUUGACAGACUGCAAGUCUUCCUGGAGACCCACGGAGAAGAGAUGUCGAGACGAAGCACAAGGUUAGUGACCAAAGAGCCGUCCAUCCCUGAUGAUGACGCUGUCAGCACGAGCUCCACCGGAUCCACUGGCCAUAUCUCUUACAAAGAGAGCCCAAACAGGAUCUUCAAGAAGAGGAGUGGUCGCAAGAGCACAAGCAGUGUUUCACGCAAUUCAAGUCGCGCGAGCAGUGUGAGUCAGAUACUGACUGGACAGCGCAUUGAGAAUGAGAAGGGCAUGUCCCUUGCUACUCAGGGAUUCUCCUCUGGAUAUUCCUCUGCUGAGGAGCAUUAUGAACAAUCCAUAAAAUCAAACCCUAGUUCUGCCCAGUCUGUAACUGAACCACCGUUUGUCGUUUGGGAUGUGUUUCAUUCUCCAGCUCAGGCUCUGGUCAUGUUCUACUGGUGGCUGGGAAGUUCAUGGUACAGCCUGACCUCUCGACUGUCUCUGAUCAAUGUGUUUCUGCUCAGCAGAUGCACAUCAGAUAUGAGAAAGACCGCUGUUCUGCUCCUCCUUCUCCUCUUUCUUAUUUUUGGAAUAUGGUACUGGUUCCCGUUUGCUUCUCGUUCUCCUCCGCGUGAGGUUGUUACAAAGACUCCGUCUGUUAAACACACAGAUAGACCUGUGAAAGAAACCUUUGAUCAUCUCCAACAUGCGAGCUUGUCUAACUUGAAGGAAGAGAUCGUCAGCUUGCAUGAAAGAGAGGCGAGCCUGAUGAAAGACAUCGAACUGCUGAAGAUGGAGAGCAUGAGACAGAAGGUCAAAUCUGAGAUGAUUCAAACUGAUCUGAAGUCUUUGAAUGAUCAGAUGAGGAAUGCCGAGUCUGAACACGAGCAGCAGGUUUCUGAUCUGAAGUCCAGCAUCUCAAACCUGCAGUCGACCCAAGACCUCCUCAAGGAAAGAGUUGAUGCACAAGACUCUCUCAACACUAAUCUGAGAGCAGAGCUAUCCGAUUGGCUGAUAAAACUCCUGAAAGAUCCAGGCUCAGUGGAAUCGACCAUAGUGCUCCGUCCUGAGCUGCAGAGGGCGCUGGAGGAUGUGGAGAAACGGAUACUAGACAGACUAGUGCAGGAGAAAGAGAGCAGGAGAGACGUCUGGAGGACCGUGGGAGAGACGCUGCAACAGGAAGGAGCCGGAGCUGUCACUAUACAAGAUGUGAAAGAAAUGGUCCACAGGGCAAUUAGUCUGUACAGGGCAGAUGGGAUUGGAUUGGCGGACUAUGCCUUGGAAUCUUCUGGUGCCAGUGUGCUCAACACCCGGUGCUCAGAGACGUAUAAGACCAGAUCUGCGUGUCUGAGUUUAUUCGGCAUUCCUCUGUGGUAUCAUUCAGAAAGCCCUCGGGUUGUUAUACAGCCCGAGCUGUAUCCCGGGAAGUGCUGGGCAUUCCGAGGCUCCCAGGGUUUCUUGGUAAUCGCGCUGUCUUACCCAGUAAGAAUCACCCAUGUGACACUCGAACACCUUCCCAAAGAGCUCUCACCGACGGGCCGCAUUGACAGCGCCCCUAAGGAUUUUGCUGUCUAUGGUAUGUCUGAUGAGACUGAAGAUGGAAAGCUGCUUGGGACAUUCAUGUAUGACCAGGAUGGAGAGCCCAUUCAGAGUUUCAAGCUUGUGGAAGCGUCAGAGAUCUAUAGCAUGACAGAGCUGAGGAUCUUGAGCAACUGGGGUCAUCUGGAGUACACCUGUGUGUAUCGCUUCAGAGUUCACGGAGAACCUUCAUUCGUCUGACAGGAAGAGGAUCGGAAAUGAUUCUUCAGCUUUGGUUUACUCUAUGCAAAAAAAAAAAAAUGUAAAGCUCAAAUGCACUGGACUCUUUAAGAAUGAAUCAGACAUCUUCCUAAUAUCUUCCUAACAGAUACCAAAAAACACACAUAAACGUUCGACUGAUAUCAGAAUUGAUAUUUUUUGUUUACCCUCUCAAAAAAUAUUUCACUUUUGCAUUCCUCAAACAUUUAUUUUCAAGUCUUGAUAGGAACAUUUUUUAUGAAUAGGUGUACAUUUUUAGUUGUUUAUACAGUUUUGAAUUAAAUUUUUGGAUUUUUUUUUUCUUCAUAUGAAGGACAGGCUU